GAUAUGUGUACACAUAUACAUAUAUUCCAAAUAGAGAGACACCUCUUUUCAUAUUCAGAGCCAUAAUGGUGCAGUGUUCAGAAUCCAGUACUGCAGGCUAAUUCUGCAUUCCCACUGUCAGGAGUUCGAUCCUGACCAGCUCAAGGUUGACUCAGCCUUCCACCCUUCCAUGGGUGGUAAAAUGAGAUCGUUGGGGCAAUAUGCUGACUUUGCAAACCAUUUAGAGAGGGCUGUAAAGCACUAUGAAGUGGUAUAUAAGUCUAAGUGCUAUUGUUAUUAGUAUAUAAGCAUAGUUGAUGCAUAUGAAUCUCAUCUCUCCACAGGGAAGCUCUUCCUCCAGAUACAGUUUGUACUGAGAGCUAUUACAGAGGCAAUUGCCUUCAAGUCAAACAGGACAAUAUACAUGACUGGAUUAUUAUUUUUUAAGUGUUUUUAGUAUAUUAAUAGCCAUUUAAUGAAUAGGAAAACUUAUAGUUGGUCUUAUAGUCUUGUGAAAUAUAUUGGGAAAAGUUGAAUGUGAUGUUUUGUAAUAUAUUCCUUUAUUUUAUACUUUUCCCAUUAACCUGGAAAAGAACUCCAAUUUCAUAACAGAUUUCACAGACAUUUUUUUUAAUCCUCUGAGGUUAACAGGAAAAUGCCCUCAUUUUUUAAAAUGCCUCUUCAGAAUGGAUAAUUGUUCACAUGAAACCUCUGGUCUUUAACAGAGAUCAUAAUAAAGCUUUUCAAGAAAUCAUUUAACUCCUUUCACUUUCCCCCUGAAGUGGAUUUUAAAGUUAGACUGAUAGAUGUCAGUGGUGGACAGGCUGAAUUUUUGAGGCAUGCUGGCUCAAUCUUUUGAAGGGGGAGAAAAGAGAGAAUAAGGAUUCCAAAGGAGACAUAUUUUUAACUUCUAUAAAUCAGGAUUGCGGUGAUAGGAAGAAUGUAAACUGGAAGCUGGAGGGAAAGCUCUCUCUCUCUCCCCCCCCCCCCGCCCGCCUCCCCGGUGAAAAUACAGCGCCUUUUUUGUGCGCUGAAGUGCGCCAGCUUUUUCAGACAGGAGGAAUGCGGAGUGUCAAGGGGUCAGGAUCAAUCCGGUGUGACUUGACGAGGCAGGAAGGUAGAGAGGAAUGCGAGGAAUGCCGCUGUUUGUGUGGGACUCCAUUCAGCCGAUUGGCGAGUCCCGGACGCCUCAAGGGUAUAAAAGCAGCGCCGCUGCCUGCUGGAGACUCAGACCCACCAUCGCUCUCCUUCUAAAAGCAGAGAGAAAGGGGAGAGAAAGCAGCACUUUUUCCCUCCGAGAUCGAAGCAAGAUCUGCCCUCGCCGGCCAGCGACAUUUAAAACCGAAACGGAUCCCACCUGGACAAGGCAACCCGCUCCGCUCCCAAAGAGAGCCAGCAACUUUUGCCCACCUCCCUGUGCCGAAAAGUUGCGAGAAAAAGGAUGGAAGCCCGCACCCUCGCCUGGGUUUUCCUCGCCGCUCUUCUUAGCUGGGAAGCGGCCGGCCAAGAGUGCAGCGCGAAGUGCCAGUGCUCCUCCUUGCCCCCCGAGUGCCCUCCUGGGGUAAGCCUGGUCCUGGACGGCUGUGGGUGCUGCCGCGUUUGCGCCAAGCAGCUGGGCGACCUUUGCACCGAGCGGGAUCCCUGCGAUCCUCACAAAGGGCUCUUCUGCGACUUCGGCUCCCCGGACAACCGCAAGAUCGGAGUAUGCACUGCAAAGGAUGGUGCUCCAUGUAUAUUUGGAGGUAUGGUGUAUCGGAGUGGCGAGUCCUUCCAGAGUAGCUGCAAAUACCAGUGCACCUGUCUGGAUGGAGCUGUAGGCUGCAUGCCCCUCUGCAGCAUGGAUGUUCGUCUGCCCAGUCCUGAUUGCCCAUACCCACGCAGAGUGAAGCUCCCAGGGAAAUGCUGUGAGGAAUGGGUGUGUGAUGAGCCCAAGGACAAAGAACGCACUGCAGUUGGACCUGCUCUUGCCGCUUACAGACUAGAAGAUACCUAUGGACCUGACCCAUCCCUGAUGCGUGCAAAUUGCUUGGUCCAGACCACAGAAUGGAGUGCCUGCUCCAAAACUUGUGGAAUGGGAAUCUCGACCAGAGUCACCAAUGACAAUGCCCACUGCAGGCUGGAGAAGCAAAGCAGACUCUGCAUGGUGAGACCAUGCGAAGCAGAUCUUGAGGAGAGCAUCAAGAAAGGUAAAAAAUGCAUCCGCACACCGAAGAUCUCUAAGCCUAUCCAGUAUGAGCUGUCUGGCUGUACCAGUGUAAAGACCUACCGAGCCAAAUUUUGUGGUGUCUGUACUGAUGGGCGUUGUUGCACCCCCCACAGAACAGCCACUCUUCCUGUGGAAUUCAAAUGCCCUGAUGGUGAAGUCAUCAAGAAGAGCAUGAUGUUUAUCAAGACUUGUGCCUGCCACUAUAACUGUCCUGGAGACAAUGAUAUCUUUGAAUCAGUCUACUACCGGAAGAUGUAUGGAGACAUGGCAUAAAGUCCCCAUGAGAGUUUUUUUUUUCUGAACUCGACUUGAACUGAUAAUGACAUCUCAUUUUGUUAAACGUGAUUCUAUAGCACAAGUGAUUUAAAUGUCUGCGUUUUUUUUAAAACAAAUGACAAAAUUGUUCCACCUUGGCCUUAAGGUCAAAUUAUCUACUGACCCCAAACGUUGGUUUGAAGGAAGAAUAAUAAUAAUAGGAAUAUAAUGUUGACGAUGAUUAGUGAGAGGUGACACUUAAUUUGUGUCUCAGAGUAUAUUUGGGGAGAGGGAUGAAUAGAGAUUAAUUAAGGGACAUAGGCAAGUCUUGAGAAACAUUUUCAAAACGUGGUGGCAUGUGUCCUAGUUAAUUGUGCAAUCAAAACAAAAAAGACCCCUUAGCAAAGUUAUUGGCACUGGUUUUUGUGACAGUAACAGCUGGACUGGACAUUUUUAUCCAGCAGGUGCUAAGUAAUUAUGUUAUUUGAAAAUGGCAAUAAUUCUGCCUUUGAAACUCUGAUUCAGAGGAUUUGUUCAAAAAGAAUCAGAAUUUGACUGGACAGUUUGUGGCAAUUGUUUGCUUGUCGUGGGCAACAUUUUUUUUAAAAAAAGAUAGUGUAAUAGUGUAAAUACUGUAUAUGUUUAUGUGUAUGUGUUCAUGUGUGUUUGUAUUAUGUGUGUAUAUAUAUAUUGUACAGUUAUCUAACUUAAUUUAAAGUUGUGUUUCCUUUUUUGUCAAUGCUUUGAUACAUCAGUGUUAGCCUCUCUUUUUUUAUGAUUCAAAGCAUGUCUGAUCCACUGCAUUCAUUCAGCUCAUAAAAUAGAGUCUGUAAUGGUAGUUUUGUUGAACUAGUAGGGGAAAAAAUUAACUGAACUGGUACUUUGAUGAAGAAGAUGCACCAGUAUCCUAUCCGACCAUUUCACCAAACUAAUGACAAAGGGAGAAAGGUACAUUUCUCUCGGUCUGAAUUAAUAUCCCCUGAAACAAAAUGUGUGCUCUUAAAUCUUUCCACUUGGGAACAGUUUGUUACUUAUUGAGAAAUGUGACCAAAAGUUACAUGUUUGCACCUUUUUAGAAGAAAAAAUAAAGUAUUUUAUUUUUUUAUAUAAA